GGUGGAACUUGGCGAGUUUAGUAGUCCCUGGAUUGAGCGGUAAACAAAGCCCCGAAAAUCCCCCCUUACAAAAAUUCUUCCGUCGGAAAUAACACCUUUCUUUCCCCUUCGAUGUGAGAGACUGUCGAGGAGGCCGUCGACGACGAUGCCCCAGAAGAAGAAAGAUGGGAUGGGGCUCGACAAACCCGUCACGGAGGUGCAGGCCGAUCACGAGCUCUUUCUCCAAGCUUUCGAGAAACCUACACAAAUCUACCGAUAUCUACGAUCAAGAAAUAUACUUAGUCCAAUAUUUUUACAACGCACACUAUACUACAUGCGAGGACGGAUGAGCCGAAGUCACAAAAAUCGUAUGUCUUUCAAAUUAGAUUAUCUUUUAGAUAAGGUCACGCAGAAGAGUGAACGUCAGAGUGAACGACCCGCAAGUUAUCUCAACCUUACAUUUAGUGGCUUUCAUGAUGGCAAACUGGAUGGUCAGAUUGGUGACGUAGCACGUGUCGAAACGUUUAUAGUAAAAAUGUGUCACAAGAGAAAAGAAAAGUCGUCUUCACCGUUUGAUGCAGGUAUUGUAUCAGUGGGAACUCAAGACGUUAAUAUCAACCCUCCAGAAGGGAAGGGGGGAGGAGGUGGUAUUGGAUGCGGUAGAAAUGCCACCAUUAGCAUCCCAACGCAUAAUUUUAUGGCUAAUAAUGGUCAUCAAGUCAAAUCUUACGUUUUAGUCUUUCGUGUAUCGUUAGUACAUGACCAGGAAAAUGCUGGAGAACCUGUAUUAAAACGCCGUCGUAUAAGUCGAAGUUCCUCCCAGGACUGUCAGGAGUCUAAUAUUCCAACUAAUGCCAUGAAUGGUGAUACUCACAAUGGUGUGGGUUCAGUUUAUUGUGGGGAACUGGUUAUAUUUGACCGUCAUGGUCGCUGUUUACUGACACCUGGAAAGUACGAGUUAGUGCUUGAGUUCCAUUCUAGUGAGUCUAAUCAGUUGUGCAAAUCUAGCCCCAAAAAGAAUGCCAGUUGGGAAAGCAUCGAUACAUUGAAAAUGGAUUGUUUCAAUAAUGAUCCAUUGUUAAAGUUUUCGUUAUCUUGGAACAAUGAGAACACAUCUGCAUCUAUAGAACGCCCAAGGCUUAGACCACUGAAGCCACUUGAUGUUGUGUUGGCCAACAAUGCAUCAACCAAGCCUAAACCUCAAGGAGUGGCUAGCCCAGAAGCACCACAGUUAGUGUUAUAUCAAUUUGUGUACAACAAUAACAGUAGACAACAGACAGAAGCAAGACGAGAUUUCCACUGCCCAUGGUGUUCGCUGAACUGCAUGGCCCUUUAUUCCCUUUUAAAGCACCUGAAGUUGUGUCAUGCUAGAUUUUCUUUCACCUAUGUG